GAAUCCCGGGCCAGCUUGCCUUGAGCAACCACAUGCUUUAAAUUCGAAAAAAAUGUGGAGGCGUCCGCCUUUCGCUGCACGACCAUAGAAGGCGAACGAUCUACUUUUGUGCAGUAAACAACUUGUGUUGAAAAGACCAGAAUGGCUCAGCAACCGCUUCUGUCGCUGCCCGAGUUUCAGAACGUUUCCACCGGUGCUUUGGUGGUGAAGGAGCCGCUGAAUUUCUGGGGAGGAGCGAGAGUGAAGCCGAAGGACACCAAGAACUCUGAACCAGUAUACGAACCUGCAACUGGUCGUGUGCUGUGUGAUAUGAUUCCCUGUGGAGAGGAGGAGGUAGAUGAGGCCAUAAAAAGUGCUCAUUCUGCAUACCUAAAAUGGAGCAAAUUAUCAGGAAUGGAGAGGGCCCGGAUCAUGCUGGAGGCUGCCAGAAUUAUUAGAGAGCGCAGAGAUGAAAUUGCUAGAGCGGAAGUGGCCAACAAUGGCAAAUCCAUCACUGAGGCUCAGGUGGAUAUUGACGUUGCUUGGCAGUGUAUUGAGUACUAUGCUGGCAUUGCCCCCACUUUGUCAGGCCAGCAUAUACAGCUUCCAGGAGGUUCUUUUGCCUAUACCAGAAGGGAGCCACUUGGAGUGUGUGUUGGCAUUGGAGCUUGGAACUACCCAUUCCAGAUAGCUGCCUGGAAGUCAGCCCCAGCUAUGGCCUGUGGCAAUGCCAUGGUGUUUAAACCAUCUCCCAUGACCCCAGUGACCGUAGUCAUGUUGGCAGAGAUCUACAAAGAGGCAGGUGUCCCAGAUGGACUCUUUAAUGUGGUACAAGGAGGAGCCGAGACUGGAGGACUUCUGUGUCACCAUCCCAUGGUGGCCAAAGUGUCCUUCACUGGCAGUGUCCCCACUGGAAAGAAGGUUAUGGAAAUGGCAGCCAAAGGUGUGAAGCAGGUGACUCUGGAGCUUGGAGGAAAGUCACCACUGAUCAUCUUUAAGGACUGUGAACUGGAGAAUGCGAUCAAAGGGGCCCUCAUGGCCAACUUCCUCACCCAGGGAGAGGUGUGCUGCAAUGGAACACGGGUGUUUGUGCAGAGGGAGAUCAUGCCACAGUUCUUGGAGGAAGUGGUGAAGAGGACCAAGGCCAUCGCUGUUGGGGAUCCCAUGUGUGAAGAGACACGCAUGGGUGCCCUCAUCCGUAAACCCCACAUGGAAAAAGUGCUGGGCUUCAUCAAGCAAGCAAAAGAGCAGGGUGCAAAGGUUUUAUGUGGGGGAGAACGAUUUGUUCCCAGUGAUCCCAAACUGAAAGAUGGUUACUUUGUGUCCCCAUGUGUGCUGGACAACUGCCGGGAUGAUAUGACCUGUGUGAAGGAGGAGAUCUUUGGCCCUGUGAUGUCUGUUCUGCCUUUUGACACAGAGGACGAAGUUCUUCAAAGAGCCAACAACACAACCUUUGGGUUGGCAUCUGGAGUCUUCACCAGGGAUAUAGCUCGUGCCCACAGAGUUGCUGAAAACCUUCAGGCAGGAACAUGCUACAUCAACAACUACAAUGUUGGCCCUGUGGAAGUUCCUUUUGGGGGCUACAAGAUGUCAGGGUUUGGAAGGGAGAAUGGACAAGUGACCACCGAGUACUACUCUCAGCUCAAGACUGUUGUGGUGGAAAUGGGAGAUGUGGAAAGCCUCUUUUAGGCUAUUGUGAGGUUAACCACCAGCGUUCCUGACAGCAAUGUGGUUUCCAAAGUUCUUAUGAGCUAUAUGAAGUUUGCCAUGUAACAUCUUAAAAAUGCAUUUUUAUAACUAACAGUCCCUUACUUGAAAUGUAGCCAAAAGCUACACUGUUGUUGCUUUGAUUGUCCACAUGUCUGUGUCAGACUUCCAGAUUGUGUUGGUAUGAUAUUACUAACAUGUAAGAACAGGCUUAACUGUUUCAGGUCUGUGAAAUGUUUGACAAGCAGAA